UCAUGUGAUUUAGAAAGAUUUGAAAGCUGAAACGAGACUGUGGUUUGGUUUAUUGUCGCUUAGCAGGUGAACCAAUCUUUUGAUUGAUCCAGAUUUGUAAAAUGAUUAUUUUGGGCAGCAGACGUUUUCCUUUGUGUUGCAGUCUUCUUUUUUGUCUACACCUAGGUUGUGUGUCUGCAGACGACAUCAGAGCCAGUGUGGGCAAAGAUGUUACUUUGACAUGUAACUAUGAUGCUCAGCACUACGGCAGGCUUCCUGUGUGCUGGGGCCGAGCAGCCAUCCCAAACAGGGGCUGUGGAAAUGAGGUGAUCAAGUCAGAUGGGACAUCUGUGGUCAGCAGACUGUCAGAGCGCUACCUGCUAAUGGGUAAUCUUGGCAGGGGUGAUGUGUCGUUGACCAUCAGGCAUGUUCAGGAGAGCGACUCAGGGAUAUACGGCUGCCGUGUGGAAAUACCAGGCUGGUUCAAUGAUCAAAAACACCAUCUGAAGCUGACUGUGGAAGCAGAAAGUCCUGAUUCCCCGAGGGUGGAGACAAGAGAGGUGAAGGAGAGAACUGUCACUGUCCGCUGGGCUCCUGUGUUUGAUGGGGGCAGGCCCAUCACAUCCUACACCAUUGAUCUAAAAAACAAACAGGCAUCCUGGAGUACUGCCAUAAAGACUGUAAUCGCAAAUCCUCAACUGACUCAGGUGACUUUGGUGGAUUUGAGUCCGGCCAAGACCUACAACCUCCGCAUGUUUGUUAGGAACAGCGUGGGCAUUAGCGAGGCCAGCAAUGUUCUGACAAUCACAACAAAAGAAGCAGCACCAGAGGGUCCACCCCUGGAUGUACAACUGGAGGCCCUCACGUCUCGCAGUAUCAAAGUGACUUGGAAGCCUCCAAGGGCUGAGCACAGAAAUGGGGUUCUGCAAAGUUACAGCCUUAGCUACAGAGAGUAUGACCCUGUUAACAGACAGUUUAAAAGGUGGCAGCAUCAAAGUGUGACAGCCACACGGGAACUGGAGAGUGUCAUCCUGAGGGACCUGAAGCCUUCUACCAAGUACGGUGUGCUUGUACAGGCCAGAACCAUUGCAGGAGCGGGACCUCCUUCAUCUUCACCUCUCUGCUCCACUCUGGAUGAGGUUCACACAACUUCAACAGUUACAAGUAUUCAGUCUACUUCCACUGCUGCCACAAGACAAGACACUACAAGUUUCACUUCAGCUCACACAACUUCACAAACAGUUGAACCUGAUACUGCAGCCACAGACUGGGCACAAAGCACAACAGGUUUCACUUCAGUGCCUCCGGAUCCCCCAGUAGUUGAGUUAAAGGGGGUCAUAGACAAUACAAUUUCCAUUUUUUGGACUCCUGGCUUUGAAGGUGACAGCCCCAUUACAGGCUACUUCUUGGAGUAUAAAGCACUGAAAGCCUCAUGGGAUUACACAAAGACAGUUGUAGACUUCAGCCCCAACCAGACAGAGGCCACAAUAAUAGAGAUAAAUCCUUCAACUUACAACAUGCGCAUGUUUGCCAAGAACAGUCUGGGCACCAGUAAACCCAGCAAUGUCCUCACCAUCACUACUGGAGAAACAGGUCAUCAGAGGGACAGUCCUUCUACCCCCACAUCAACUGACACUCAUUCCUCUGUGGUUGCCAAGGAGGGUGAUAGUAGUCACCUUGCUGCCAUUUUGGUGCCAGUUGUGCUGGUGGUGUUGGUUGUUGCAACAUUUACCGCAUGGCAACUUCGACGCAUCAAACAGAAACAAGGUAGCCUGAUCAUGUGGAUGGCCAGUGGAGCACUACGUUACAGAGGCUCUGAGUCACUACAAGAGCUGUAAUACUCCAUGCCCAUGGUGUCAUUGCAAAACUCACAGAGAAGCAGCAGUUUUAAAUUUUAUAAAAUUUGCAAAAGUCGAUUUUUUGAAUUGGUGCAAUUUCACCUGUAAAGUUGAUUCAAACUAACCAAAGGAGAAAAAAAUGAUAUCUACUUUGUAAACACUAACUAAAGAAGCUGUAAUCACAACACCAGGUGCAGUUACUUCCAAUAAAAGUAAUACUUGUUUCCUUUU